UGCUUAUUGGAUUGGAAAAGGUGUAGUUAAAGAUCAGGAAAUUGGUUCCAAGUACUUAAAAAUGGCUGCUAAGAAAGAUCAACAUAAUGCUAUUGCUAUGUGUAAGAAACUUGGAAUUCCUUUUUAA